AUGACGACCACUGUUGAUGGCAUUGCCUACUAUAAGACAGUAUCAGUGUCGAGCAGCAAGUGGCCAGUACGCACAGACAUGGCGUCGCAGUGUGUGUCGAUUUUCAGCUUGGCAGUGUUGGUGCUGGCACCCACAGUGUAUGCUGCAUCACUCGGCAUCAAAAGCGGCACCGCCCUGAAAGCCAGCAUCGGAGCAGGUGAAGACCGUGGCCUGCAAGCGAGUGUCGGCUCAGGCCUGAAAGCGAAUAUCGGCGCAGAUGGAGGCGAGGGCAUGAAAGUGAGUGUUGGCUCAGGCCUCAAAACAAACAUCGGCACAGGAGGAGGCCAGGGUCAGAGUGCGAAAAUUGGCUCAGGCCUCAAAAAGAAAAUCAGCACAGGGGGAGGCCAGGGCCUGAAAGUGAAUAUUGGCUCGGGCCUAAAAAAAAACAUUGGCACAGGAGGAGGCCAAAGGCUGAAAGCGAACAUUGGCUCAGGCCUAAGAAAAAACAUCAUCACAGGAGGAGGCCAGGGCCUGAAAGCGAAUAUUGGAUCAGGCCUCAAAACGAACAUCGUCACAGGAGGCGGCCAGGGAUUGAAAGCGAAUAUUCGCUCAGGCCUCAAAACGAACAUCGUCACAGGAGGAGGCCAGGGACUGAAAGCGAAUAUUGGCUCAGGCCUCAAAACGAACAUCGUCACAGGAGGAGGCCAGGGACUGAAAGCGAAUAUUGGCUCAGGCCUCAAAACGAACAUCGUCACAGGAGGAGGCCAGGGACUGAAAGCGAAUAUUGGCUCAGGCCUUAAAACGAACAUCGUCACAGGAGGAGGCCAGGGACUGAAAGCGAAUAUUGGCUCAGGCCUUAAAACGAACAUCGUCACAGGAGGAGGCCAGGGCCUGAAAGCGAAUAUUGGAUCAGGCCUCAAAACGAACAUCGUCACAGGAGGAGGCCAGGGCCUGAAAGCGAAUGUUCGCUCAGGCCUCAAAACGAACAUCGUCACAGGAGGAGGCCAGGGACUGAAAGCGAAUAUUGGCUCAGGCCUCAAAACGAACAUCGUCACAGGAGGAGGCCGGGGACUGAAAGCGAAUAUUGGCUCAGGCCUCAAAACGAACAUCGUCACAGGAGGAGGCCAGGGACUGAAAGCGAAUAUUGGCUCAGGCCUCAAAAUGAACGUUGGUGCAAAAGGAGGUCUGGGCACGAAAGUGAAGAUAGGGACAGCACUGAAUGUGAACAUCGGCACUGGUGGAGGGAAGGCCUUAAAAGCAGGUGUUGCAUCAGGCAUGAAAGGUAGUGUAGGUGAGGGUGCACUUGCAAUACCUAACAUCGUGUCUGCCUUGCCACAGUUGCUUAAAGCGAGGGGCAGGCAUUUCUUCCAAGUGCUUUUGAGAGUUGUUCCCGUCUCUGUCAAUCUGCACGCAGUCAUCAAAGCAGAAGGGCCGGUCAGUCCUGAACAUGUAAAUAAGCAGCUCGUUGAGUUUUCUUCACAUCUCAAGAAGAUGGCGGAGAAAAAAGUAUUGCCGAAGGAAAAGGCCAUUCUUUUGCUGAAACAAACUGUAACAGAACUGAAGGCGGUACUCGAAGGGAAUAUCGAUACUAAAUUAAUCAAAUGUCCAUGCGUUAGUUGGUGAAUGGAAACUACUUUUGAGCAGCGCCUUGAGAAGAAUAAAGCCAAUGUCCUGCCAUACCAUGUACGUGCUACUCAAAUAAAAAAGACUAAAUGACAAAUGCAAAGACGCUAUCUCAUCCUCAAAAGCUGGAAAAAUUGUAAAAUUAUAGUUUGUUAGGGAUUUUUUAGUGUUAUGUACAUUUGUCAAAGUCGACACACAUGUUUUGAAAUUAAACAUUUUUGGCUUGAGCUGUAUUGUUAAUGAAAUAUCUCUGUCACAAGUGAAAUGUUUCUAUAAGCGCAACCGGUUUACGGACAAUGCAUUCUAAUUUAUAUUUCGACAUCGUAUCGCUUGUACCAAUAGAUGAGGAAAAUAAAUUUUUUU